AUGAACGGCGAGGCUUCGGUGGUUGGCGGCGGGGGCUGGUCCCACAGGGAUUGCCAGCGGACCUAUCCGGUGCUGCCGGUGUGGGUGGUGGAGGACCAUCAGGACGUGCUGCCUUUCAUCUAUCGAGCCAUUGGUUCAAAGCAUCUUCCUGCCAGUAACAUCAGCUUUGUUCAUCUUGAUUCCCAUCCAGACCUUCUUAUUCCUGUGAAUAUGCCUGCAGACACUGUAUUUGACAAAGAAGCUCUUUUUAGUGAAUUAAGUAUUGAGAACUGGAUAAUGCCUGCUGUUUAUGCUGGCCAUAUUUCUCAAGUACUAUGGCUUCACCCACCCUGGGCUCAGCAGAUCUCAGAAGGAAAACAUCAAUUUUUAGUUGGGAAAGACAUAUCAACAACUACAAUCAGGGUUACAGGUACAGAUCAUUACUUUUUAAGUGAUGGUCUUUACGUCCCUGCUGACCAGCUAGAAAAUCAGAAGCCUUUAAAUUUACAUGUCAUUCUGAUCAAUCCUACUGAAGCAUCAAAGAGCCAGGAUGAAAAUGGUGAAGUAGCAGCUGCUAAGAGAUUGAAACUAAAUAUGGAUGACACAGCAAGCACCUCUUCUGCCUCUUCAUCAGUGGCUCCUGGUAACCUUGAUCACAGCACCCCAAGACUGAAGAAAAAGGAUGUACAAAAUGCAAGUGCCCCGAACAAGGCAGAAACAUUGUCAGAGUGCUCAGCCUCAAGCCUUCUCAGAAACAGUGAAUGCCCAAUAAGGGAAGUUAUUAAAGAUGUCUGCCAAGUACUUCAGAAAGGGGACCCAUAUGUUUUAGACAUUGACUUAGAUUUCUUUUCUGUUAAAAAUCCUUUCAAAGAAAUGUACACACAGGCAGAAUAUGAGCUUUUGCAAGAGUUGUACAAUUUCAAGAAGCCUCAUAGAAAUGCAACAGAGGAGAGCUUGCUGGAUUGUGUUGAAAGCCGUGUUCAUCAGCUAGAAGAUCUGGAAGCAGCAUUUGCAGAUUUGUGUGACAAUGAUGAUGAAGAGACCCUACAGAAGUGGGCUUCAUAUCCUGGAAUGAAUUCACUUGUUCAACUAGUUCACAGUUUGAAAACCAGGAUGGAAAGCCCAGACUACGAAAUGGUCCAUCAGGCAGGUCUGACCUGUGAUUAUAUGGAGCUUCCUCACCAUGUUAGCACUGAAGAGGAGAUCGAAGGCCUCAUACAAUCCAUUAAAGCUCUACUGAAAGAUCUGCCUAAGCCCACACUUGUGACAGUUGCCCGAUCAAGUUUGGAUGACUAUUGCCCUUCAGAGCAGGUUGACAUCAUUCAAGAGAAGGUUCUCAGUUUACUGGGUUCAGUGUAUGGCACUCUGGAUGUGCACUUAGAUUACUUGAGCAACUCAUCUUCUUUGUGAUCUUUCUUUAUAUGCUGCCCUCUAACACAGUGGAUUCAUUUAAAC